UAUGCGCCAGUCUGAGUGAAAGUGAUUGUUGAAGCCCGUUCCACAUUUCGAUUUGCUGCGUCGAACGAAAACGACUGGGGCACACGCGCAAACAGUACUGUCAAGAAGUAGAUUCGAACGUCAAUCUACCAGUGUUGGGUGACAUGGCAGACCAGAUUGACAGACAAGACACAGGCAGCGCGGAGAGCCCCUUGUGCCCCGAACCUCAGCUCGAAGUGACUCAAGACCUUGAGCUUUUGGCGCAAGAGAUCGCCGAGGCCGCCGUCGAAGAAGAAGAAGAGGAAGAGAACGACGAAGAGGAGGAGGAAGAGAAAAAAGGAUUUAGAAGGGAGACCUCGCAAUCCCCGGUCCUCCUGUGUGACCAGACUGAAGACACGUGUAGAGAAAACACUAAAGAAGACACGGUGACUGUGAUCGAAGAGCGGAUGGAGGAGGAAGGCACACAAGAGGACAAACAGCGGUCGACGAGUCCGGUUGAUGAGACGUCCUGGGUCCUCGUUGACGCUGAAGACGAAAACGCGAGGACGACGACGGGGCCGAAUGACAGCCCCGACCUCAAAUACAACCUCCUGAGGAAGUUCCUGGUGGCGGGCGAUCUGCGGCAGAAGCUGACCGACGCGGGUCUUGUCUGCGACGAGGAGGACAGCGAAGGGGACGCCGACGAAGGGCUCAGAGAUAGUAUGGUGAUGUCUUGUUCGGAAUCAAUGGUGAUCUGUGACCUCCCGCAGACGGCCGGCGACGAGGAAUCGACGUCGCUGCACCUCAAGAACUUCCCUGAUUGCUCCAAGAAGUCUGACUGGCGAGGUACUUUCGCGGGAGCCAGGGUGGAAGUGGAGGUGGAACGCAAAGGGGGGCUCCAGGUGGCUGCCGUAAGGGUGUGGCAUGUGGAUCUCCUCUCCGCUCUGGCGUCCCUUCAGAGCCUCGCCAAUACUGCAGGCCUCGUGUCCUACGCUGACGUGGAUGUGACCAGCCUGCUUGCUCGGGCGGCCUGAUAAUGACCUGCAGCCCUCCGUGUCUUCCAGCGCCUUCAGAAACAGUGUGCCUUCCUAUCUACCUACCGGUGCCGUGUGCCUCACAAACGAUGGUGUCAUGACGUCAUGGUUUCGUCAUAAUGACGCUCAUCCAAUCAACGUCCUAUUCUCGGUGACAAUAAGAACUAACCACAGACAACAGCAUAUGUCGACAAAUGAUGGUUUUAUAAGAAAGUUUGUCGGACAAAUAAUUUUGAUUGUUAAUAGAUAGAUAAUACCGCUUGAAAAGUAAAAACGGCCAGUAGAUGAAAAACAAAUGCAAUUGACGCGUUACGAUCAAACCUUCAUUAGAAUAACAGGGAAAAGCAAGAUUACGAAAUUUAAAUACUCUACAAGAGCUGAGAUUCACCUGACUGACAUCCGGGACCUGUCGCUCAUUAUAUUUUUGUCACAAUGAAUUCUGUUCAGUGAAUAGUGAAUUUAGAUUAUUAAAAGUUUAAACAUGUUAACAUUUUACGGUCAUUGCAGUCGUGAAUUUAUCAUACCUUUUAAAAUUUCGCGGCCAUUACAGCCUUAAACAUCUACGCGGGUAUUAUCAUUGUUAAGCUUUUGCACAAGACAUUUUUUUUCAGUUUGGUUCGAUAUAAACAUCCAAAUGUAUGUAGGCGAGAGGAACUGAAGUGUCUUUUCUCUUUUUAAGGAGUUUCCUAAGGAAAAGGUGAAAAUGUUGAUCCAUCAGGGAAGGCGGCUGAAUGAAGCACAGGAGCGGGAAUCAUAGGCGUUCAUUAUCCAGAUAUAUUUUAAAAAAUAAUAAAAAAAAUAAUUGCGAUAAACAUUCGUUGCUAUGACAAAAUAAUAUACUCUUAUUUAAAAAAAAUUAUGAUUCAAAUUUAAUAUAUACUCUUAUAUAUUUACAUAUAUACAUACAUAUAUA